AUGUUAGAAUUGAUAACAUAUUUUAAUGAUUCAACAUGGCUUAACGUUUCAUCAUUUGAAGGUGGUUCACAAUACAAUGGUUUAUUGAUUGAAUUUGUAACUCGUAGUUCACAUUUAAAUUCAUCGUCAUUAACAAAUUCAUCAACGAUUUGUGGAUCUUAUCCGUGUGUAUUAAAAUAUUUAAUUGCUGUUGUCGGUUCACUAUCAAGUCUAUUAACAAUUGGUGGUAAUAUGUUAGUUGUUGUCGCAUUCUUUCUCGAUAGACAAAUUCGUCAUCCAACUAAUUAUUUCAUAUUUUCACUUGCCGUUAGUGAUUUUAUUAUCGGAAUUUCAUCGCUGCCCAUGUUUACCCUAUAUAUUUAUAACGAACGUUGGCUAUUAGGUUCAUUCUUAUGUGAUAUAUGGUUAUCCGUUGACUAUACUGUGUGUUUAGCGUCGAUUUAUACUGUACUAUUAAUAACAAUAGAUCGAUUUUGUUCUGUUAAAUUACCAGCUAAAUAUCGAAACUGGAGAACAAAAAAUCGAAUAAUUAUAAUGAUUUUAAUCACAUGGAUUAUACCAACAUUAAUAUUUUUCAUAUCAACAAUAGGAUAUCCGUAUAUGGCAAAAAAUUCAGUUACAAACUAUUAUAAUUCACAAUGCGAUAAUCUUGAACGACGUUCAAAUGCUAAAGCGAAAAAAGUAUCAAAUUUGAUAGGUUUAUCAAGUUCAGCAAUGACAAAUUUAGUUAUGACUAUGUCGAAACCUCAUGUUGUUGUUUCUGAUAAUGAACAAAUUCUCAUUGAUAUACCUACGGUAUCCAUAUCAUCACCAAAAAGAGUUCGUAAUAAACUACGAGCAAGUCGACGAACGCGGAAAGCGACAGAUGACACAGAUAAAAAUGCUAUACAACGAUUAUUACCAAAAAACCGUUUUUCUGAGAAUAGUCUCGAUGAUGAGAUGGAAGAGACACAUGCUUAUCGUAAUGAAAGUGUUUCAAAUGGUUCUAGUCAAAAUCAAAAUAAUUAUGAACAAGAUUAUACACAAACAAUAAAUCGUUCAUCGUCACAUGAUACAAGCGAUGAACAUGCAUCAAAUAAAGGCGGAAUGAAAAAACAUGAUGAAAAUAAAAAUCUUUUACCAUCUAUUAACCCAAUAGUCACUAGUUUACAAUCACCAAAAGUAGUUAUCAAUACUCAACAACAAAAAGCAGUUAAAAAAAGUAACAAAGCGAGAAAGGCACUAAGAACUAUAACAUUUAUUAUGGGCGCCUUUGUACUCUGUUGGACACCUUGGCAUAUUCAUACUAUAAUUCAAACGUUGUGUAUAACGUGUCAAAGUAUGAUGGUGUUUAAUACCUAUUUAUAUCAUAUUUGCUAUUACAUGUGCUAUCUAAACAGUCCAAUAAAUCCAUUUUGUUAUGCAUUAGCCAAUAGACAAUUUAAAAAGACUUAUACACGAUUACUACGGUGUGAUUUUCGAAAAUUAUAA